AUGUCUACCAGCAAGAAAUUGGCAGAUUUUUCAGCUACGCCUGUGUUAGUCAGGUUGCAGGGACCACAAAGCUCUAAUGGUACUGGACGUGUUGAAGUAUUCUUUCAUGGAAUUUGGGGAACAAUCUGCGAUUACGGCUGGGAUAUAAGGGACGCUAGGGUUCUAUGCCGUCAACUUGGCUACCUCGAUGCUGUUAGAACUCUUCGAGCGGACGAGGUUGCUUCAGGUUCUGGACAGAUAUGGUUAAAUUUCGUAGAUUGUACUGGCGAAGAACAGAAUAUAACUAGUUGUUCUCACAGUCCUUGGGGAGAACAUUAUUGCCCUCAUUAUUAUGGCGUCGGAGUGGAAUGUUCUACAACAGAUAUUUCAACUACACCUGUGGCGGUCAGGCUGCAAGGACCAUUGAGUAAAAAUGGUAUAGGUCGUGUUGAAGUAUUCUAUAAUGGAUAUUGGGGGACAAUCUGUGAUUAUGGAUGGGACAUAAAUGAUGCAAAGGUUGUAUGUCGUCAACUUGGUUUUCCGGAUACUGUUAGGAUUCUUCAAAGAAAUCUGGUCCCCUCUGGUUCUGGACAAAUAUGGCUAGCCUACGUCGCUUGCACUGGGAAAGAACAGAAUAUUACAAGCUGCCCAAAUAACGAUUGGGGGAACAGUUUUUGUUCUCAUUAUGAAGACGCCGGAGUAGUAUGUUCAAGGACAGUUAUAACUGUUUCGCUCAGGUUACAAGGGCCAUUAAGUGAAGACGGCACUGGUCGAGUUGAGAUAUUCUACAAUGGAACAUGGGGAACAAUUUGUUAUAGUGGAUGGGAUAUGAAAGAUGCUAGGGUUGUAUGUCGUCAACUUGGUUUUAAAGAUGUUGCUAGGGAACUUCGUAGUGGACAGUUUCCAUCUGGUUCUGGACAAGUAUGGUUACAAUCCGUUGAUUGUACAGGCUCCGAGCGUGAUAUAGCAAGGUGUUCUCAUAGUGGUUGGGGUGUUACAUCUUAUUAUUGCAAACAUUCAAAAGAUGUCGGAGUCGAAUGUAGUAGAACAGAUUUUUCAACUACCCCUGUGUUGCUAAGGUUACAAGGCCCAGUAAGUGAAAAAGGAGCUGGUCGUGUUGAAGUACUCUAUCAUGGAUAUUGGGGGACAAUCUGUGAUUAUAGCUGGAGUAUGAGAGAUGCUACGGUUGUAUGUCGUCAACUUGGGUAUCUUGACGCUGUUAAAACUCUUCAAAGGAACGAAUUUCCUCCAGGUUCCGGACAGAUAUGGUUGAGUCAGGUAACUUGUACUGGGAAAGAGCAAAAUAUAACAAGUUGUUCACAUCGACCGUGGGGAGAUCAUUAUUGCUCUCAUAAUAACGACGUCGGAGUGGAAUGUUCUACAACAGCUAUAAAUGUGCUAAUCAGGUUGGAAGGGCCAUCAAGUAAAGAGGGUACUGGUCGUGUUGAAAUAUUCUACAAUGGACAAUGGGGAACAAUCUGCGAUUCUGGAUGGGAUUUGAGAGAUGCUAGAGUUGCUUGCCGUCAGCUUGGUUAUCCUGAUUCUGUCAGAACUCUUGAAAGGAACAGCGUUCCUUCUGGCUCAGGAAAAAUAUGGUUGACGGACGUCUCGUGCACUGGGGGAGAACAAAAUAUUGCAAGUUGUUUUCAUAAUGGUUGGGGAGUUCAUUCUUGCCACCAUAAUCAAGACGCCGGAGUGCAAUGUUCUUUGACUGCUAUAACUGUGUCACUCAGGCUCCAAGGACAACUGAGCGAAGAUGGCACUGGGCGUGUUGAGGUACUCUACAAGGGGCAAUGGGGAACAAUCUGUGAUAAUGGAUGGGGUUUGCAAGAUGCCAGGGUUGUAUGUCGUCAGCUUGGUUACCACAACGUUGUGAGGACUCUUCAGAGGAGUGAGGUUAUUCCUGGUUCUGGACCAAUAUGGUUAAACAACGUUGAUUGUACUGGGGAAGAACGAAAUAUUGAAAGUUGUUCACAUUAUGGUUGGGGUGUUAGAAGUACUUUGUGUUCUCAUGAUCGAGACGCUGGAGUAGAAUGUUCUCCGACAGAUAGACCAAAUGUAACGGUCAAUUGUUCCAGUUUCAUCGCAGUAAAUCUUGGUGAUGAUAUAACAUGCUUGUGUGAAGGAAAAGGUGGAAAACCUCCAACCCAUGUGACAUAUGCAUGGUAUAAAGAUGGCGUCCAGUUUAGUGACACACAACAGGAACAAAACGUGUUGACUCUCAGUAAUGUUGAUGAAAAAGAUAGUGGAACAUACAAAUGUGUCGGGAAAAUCCGCACUUUCACGGAUGAAAAAUCAAUUGAGAUCGAUUUUUACGAAAAACCAAAUGUAACAAUCAAUUGUUCCAGUCCGAUCAUUGUUAAUAUCGGUGAUAGUGUAACAUGUCUUUGUGAGGGAAAAAACGGAUACCCGCCAGCCGAUGUGACGUGGUACAAAAAUGACACACAGAUUGGUGACACGAAAAAGAAAGAGAAUGUUUUGACUCUCAACAUUAUUAAUACAACAAAUGGUGGAACAUACGUAUGCGUAGGGAAAAGUGACUCUCUGGCAGGCAGAAAUUCAAUUGAAGUCCUUUUCAGUGCUGUAAAUGUGUCACUCAGGCUUCAAGGACCCCUGAGAGAAGAUGGUACUGGUCGGGUUGAGGUAUACUACAAAGAGAAAUGGGGAACAAUCUGUUAUAAUGGAUGGGAUUUACGAGAUGCCAGGGUUGUCUGUCGUCAACUUGGUUUCCCCGACGCUGUUAGGACUCUUCAGAGGAGCGAGGUUAUUCCUGGUUCUGGACCAAUUUGGUUAAACAACGUUUAUUGUACUGGGAAAGAAGAAAAUAUUAAAAGUUGUUCACAUAAUGGUUGGGGUGUCCUCUAUAGCUCGUGCUCUCAUGAUUAUGACGCUGGAGUAGAAUGUUCAGAGAGACCAAAUGUAACAGUCAAUUGUUCCAGUUUAAUCGCGGUAAAUCUUGGUGAUGAUAUAACAUGCUUGUGUGAAGCAAAAGGUGGAAAACCUCCAGCCAAUGUGACAUGGUAUAAAGAUGGCGUCCAGUUUGGUGACACAGAACAGGAACAAAACGUGUUGAAUCUCAGUAAUAUCAAUGAAACAGAUAAUGGAACAUACAAAUGUGUUGGAAGAAGCUCCACUCUUACGGAUGAGAAAUCAAUUGAGGUUGAUUUUAAUUACGGUAAAUAA